GUGUCGCAUUGACUUCCAUUUCGUUGGCCAUCGCAUCUGUUACCAGCUUUAUCUACCCAAAACAGAACUUUCGUUCUUAGACUUUGUUAAAUACAUCUCGCUUUGCUCUGUUAGCCCCUUGCUUAUGUUGGAGAAUUAAUUGCUGAACUAAUCUUUUCAAGAAUCCAUCUCUUCUUCAAUCUCAUCAGUGAAGGUGAAGAAAGGGGAAAUUCCUCUCUUUUGAGGAGUUUGCUUCUCACAACUUAUAGAAGGAAAAAAAAAAGAAAAACAAAAGAAAAUGGAGAUCGUUGUUGGCGUUGUUAGCUCCAUUGUCACUACAGCUGCAAAGUACACCAUCUCUCCCAUCAAAAACCACUUCAAAUACCUUUGCAAUCAUGAGAACCAGGUCUGGAGCCUCAAGAAUCAAGUUGAAAGCCUGAAGGAUGCAAGGCAAAGGGUACAGCAUUCUGUUGAUGCUGCUAUGAGAAACGGUGAAGAGAUUGAACACGAUGUCGACAGGUGGCUGACUACUGUCAACAAGAAGAUCGCUGAAGAAGUAGAGAAAGUAAUGCAGAAUGAAGACAAAGCAAAGAAAAAGUGUUUCCUUGGCUUGUGUCCUGGUUUCUGGACUCGUUACAUGCUUAGCAUGGAAGCCGAAGAGGAGGCGAAGGCUGUCGCUGAGCUACUCGAACAGGGCAAAUUUGACAGCGUUUCGUAUCGUGGAGGUCCACAAGGUACCAUGGUCGCAUCUGUUAAAGGUUUCGAAGCAUUCGAGUCAAGAACGCUGGUUUUGAAUGGAAUCAUUGAGGCACUGAAGGAUGCUAGUUUCGGUGUUCUAGGCGUGCACGGGAUGGGUGGCGUUGGCAAGACCACGCUAGUCAAAGAAGUUGCUAGACAAGUCAAGGAGGGCAAGUUAUUUGAUUCCGUAGUUAUAGCAGCCGUAACUCAGACCCUUGAUGUUAAGGACAUUCAAAACCAAGUUGCAGAGCAAUUGGGUUUAAAAUUUGAGGAACAGAGUAGGGUUGGAAGGGCACUUAGACUACGAGAAAGAUUGCAGAAAGAGAAGAAGAUUCUUGUUGUUUUGGAUGAUAUUUGGGAAAGAUUAGAUCUCGAGGAAGUUGGGAUUCCUUUUGGAAAUGAACAUGAGGGAUGCAAGAUACUGCUAACGUCUAGGCAUCUCGAUGUUUUAUCAAGCGGGAUGGAAACUCAAAAAAAUUUUGUAGUUGGUCUUUUAUAUGAAAAAGAAGCCUGGGACCUGUUUAAAAAGAUGGCUGGUGACUGUGUUGAAAGUUGUGAUUUGCAGCCUACAGCUAUCGAGAUAGCAAAGAAAUGUGCAGGACUGCCAAUCGCCAUCGCAACUGUUGCAAGGGCUUUGAGAAACAAACGUUUGUUUGAAUGGGAGAAUGCUUUGCGUGAACUAAAGAGGCCUUCAUCAAGAAGCUUCACAGGGCUUACAGCGGAUGUAUAUUCAGCUUUAGAGUUGAGUUACAGUUGUUUAGAAGAUGAGGAAGUUAAGUUCACUUUCUUGCUUUGUAGUUUAAUUGGUCAUAAUGGAUUCGUUCAAAACUUGUUGCAAUGCGUUAUGGGUUUGGGUUCCUUUCGUGGUGUCAACACAAUAAAAGAAGCAAGAAAUAAAGUAUUGACAGUGGUGAGUAAGCUCAAAUCGUCUUGUUUGUUGCUUGAUAGUUAUAACGAUGAACGGUUUGAUAUCCAUGAUGUUGUUCGGGAUGUUGCCAUAUCAAUUGCAUCAAGGGACCACCAUAUGUUUGUGUUAAGAGAUGGUGAUGUGCUAAAAGAGUGGCCCGAUCAGGAGACAAUGAAAACUUGCAGUGUAAUUUUCUUAAGUUCUCCCAAUAUCAGUGAGCUUCCGGAUGAGUUGGAGUGUUCACAUCUUUCCUUUCUCUUUAUGAACAAUGAUGGUUCAGUGAAUAUUCCAGCCAACUUCUUCAGGCGAACAGAAAGACUCAAAGUCCUACAUUUGGCUGGAAUGCAGUUUCAAUCUCUACCUGCGUCAAUUAAUCUCCUAACAAAUCUUCACAUGUUGCGUUUAAAUCGAUGUGCACUGGAAGACAUAACCAUAAUUGGAAAGCUCAAGAAAUUAGAAAUCCUUAACCUUGCACGCUCAGAUAUUAAAGCGCUUCCCAGGGAGAUAGCACAAUUGACUCGGUUAAGGUUGUUAGAUUUGAGGCAUUGCACUGAACUCAAAAUCAUCCCACCAAAUAUCUUAUCCAAUUUGUCCAAAUUAGAAGAAUUAUAUUUGGAAGAUAGCUUUGUUCAAUGGGAAGAUGAAGCACUUGGUAGUGAAAGAAGAAAUGUUAGCCUUGAGGAAUUGAAGCAUUUGUCUCAUCUAACUACUUUGUAUGUUGAUAUUCCGAAUGCCCAAAUAAUUCCAGAAUGCCUUUUCAGUGAGACAUUAGACAGAUACAAGAUUUUUAUAGGUAAUGGUGCAUGGGAGAGGUUCGCCAAGUACAAAUGCUCAAGAACACUGAGAUUCAAGCUAGAUACAAGCAUUCACUUGGAUCAUGGGGUGAAAAUAUUGUUGAAGAAGACAGAAGAUUUAUAUCUAGAUCAACUUAAGGGUAUCAAGAACGUAGUUGCUGAGUUGAAUAAUGGUGAAGAUUUUCCACAUUUAAAGAAACUUCACAUUCAAAAUGGUUUGGAAGUCCAGUAUAUAGCAACGGAGAAUACUCAAUUUUCUCAGUUACAGUCCAUGACACUCCAAGAUCUACCACGGCUCAUUGGCUUUAGCUCCGAAGAGAAGACGAGUUCCACAUCCCAGAAGGAGCAGAGGAAUACAAGCACCAAGCCACUUUUCAAUAAACAGAUUGUGUUCCCUCAGUUGAAAAGCUUGCGAUUGUCCUCAAUUAAAACCGAAAGGAUAUGGCACAACCAGCUUUCAGAAACAUAUUGUUAUUGCCUUCCCAAUUUGAAGAGCUUCAUCAUUGAGGACUGUGAUCACUUACAACAUCUAUUAUUACCCUCUGUUGCUAGAAGCCUGAUUCAUCUUGAACACUUUGAGAUAGUGGAUUGCAAAUGUUUAAGAGAUAUAAUAUUUACGGAGGAAAUAACAGAAGAACAGGAAGAUGUAAUUUGCUUCCCUCGAUUAAACUCCCUAAAAAUAAAGUAUCUUUCCAAUCUCAUCAAAUUUGGUUCAGGAAAUUAUAAUAUUGAGUUCCCAUCACUGAAAGUGCUGGAGAUUGAGAACUGCCCUAUACAAGAAUUUAUUAGCGAAUCUAAAAUGGAGGGGAAAUAUGAGUCAAGUAUACAAGCUCUGUUCAAUGAGAAGGCUGCAUUUCCUAGCUUGGAAAGGAUGAGAUUGUCCAGCCUGAGAAAUGUAAAGAUGAUAUUCCAUGACCAACUUCCAGCAGGUCCUCUAGAUUCUCAACUAAGGGAAUUGGAUAUUAAGAAUCUACCACAACUGAAGCAUGUUUGGAAUAAAGAUCCCCAAGGAAGUCUUACCUAUCAAAAUCUACGAAAGGUAAGGGUUUGGCAUUGUGGGAGUCUGAAAAAUCUAUUUCCUGCAUCAAUAGCCAAAGAUCUUCCCCAACUCGAAGAUCUAACAAUAAUAUGUUGUGGGGUGGAGGAGAUUGUGUCGUUAGGGGAAGGACUGGAGCAGCCGGUUAGGUUCAGGUUUCCUCGAGUGUCUUCACUGGAGCUUACAUACCUAGAAGAAUUGAAAUGUUUCUAUCCAGGGCAACAUACAAUAGUCUGGCCCAUGUUGAAAAAAUUGAAGACAGAUUGUUCUACUUUUAUAAAGAUAGUAGCUUCAGAACGUCCUAGCAUCCAAGAAAUGAAUGAGAAUGACCGACGAGAAUCCACAGAAGGACAACCACUUUUUUUAGGGGAAGAGGUCAUUCCCCAAUUAGAGGAACUGCGGUUAUCAAAAAUUGAUGACAUUGCAAUGAUAAGUGAUAAUCAGUUUCGUGCAAACUUCUUUCACCCUAUUAAAGUUUUCGCGCUGCGUGGCUCCAAUUUUCCAAUUGGUUUCGUCCAAAGAUUGAACAAUCUUGAAAAUCUUGAGUUGUUUUGUUGUGACUUCAAAGAUCCAGUCUCUUGUGAAGGCAAUGUUGCUGAAAAGCCCGAUGCUGGGACACUCUCACGAAUUAGAAAAUUAAAAUUAGGUUUUUGUGAAAAUCUUAGAUAUAUAUGUAAGAAAGCGUCAAAGUUAGGCCACAUUCUUUCUAAUCUGGAAACUCUUGAAGUUCUGUGGUGUAAUGAUUUGAUAAAUUUUGGACCCUCCUCAGCAUCGUUUCGAAAUCUCACAACUUUGGAAGUGGAAAGGUGCAACAAGAUGAUAAACUUAGUUACACCUUCAGUAGUCCAAAGUCUGGCACAAGUAACAAAAAUAAGGAUAGAAUACUGCGAAAGGAUGACAGAAAUAGUUGCAAACGAAGGAGAUGAAGCAACAUAUGAGAAUGAGAUCACUUUCAGCAAGUUGAAAUAUUUAGAACUCUAUCAUUUACAGAGCCUUGCAAGCUUUUGUCCAGGGAAUCAUACCUUUAAGUUUCCAUCCUUGGAAGACUUAAUUGUGAGUAGCUGUCCUAGCUUGAAGGUUUUUUCUCAGGGAGUUUCAACCACCCCCCAAUUACAGAGAGUAAAAGAAUCGCGUAAUGAUCACAGAGGGCGUUGGGCUGGUGACCUUAAUACCACCAUACAACAGUUGUACUCCGAAAAGGGUGGAUACCAUCACCGAUAUUAUUUGGAGCUCUCAGACACAUUUUCUGAGUUGAUGGAAAUAUGGAAUAGGAGCCCUCAAGAGAUUUUGAACUUUAAAAACCUUGGACAUCUGGAAGUUUGUAAUUGUAGCAGCUUGAAAUACAUUUUUACCCCCUCUAUGGCUUUGAGGCUUAGGCAAUUAUGGACGUUCAAAGUAAAAGAAUGUCCCUCGAUGGAAGCAGUCAUCAUGGAACAGGGAGUUGAGGAGGAAGAAACGACAGAUAAGUUCACAUUCCCCCACCUCAAAUCCAUAAAAAUUGAGUCAUGUUCCAACUUGACAAGUUUUUAUUCGGGAAGUCGAGCUCUUAAAUUUCCAAAUUUGCAAGUAGUGAGGAUAGCGGACUGUCCAAGAAUGAGUACAAUUGCUUCUUCAUCUUCAAGAGACAAGGAGAAAGAGGCGAGUGGUGAUAGAAGUGAAAAAUGGGAUAUUACUACAACUUUUUUCAGCGAUAAGGUCAGUUUGUUAGCGAAGAUUCAUUUUCAUAUUUUUUCUUUUUUCUUUUUCUCUGUUGUUGGGUAUUGUAGUUCUGGUAAAACGACACUGUCAGCUUCAGGGAUGCUAUUACCUGACACCCUUUACAACACUGAGGUGGCUAAGUGUAUCUGGGACAGUGAUGGUGAUCAGAAUUUGAUGUUAGUUAUGACAGUUGCUUCUGUCGUUGAGCCUUUUCUUACAAUUCAACAUAGAGAAAACCUUUCUCAGGGUCUACCCGAGUUGAUUCCCGGUGCUCAGAUUGAUAUUAUGGUUGAGGAAAAUAUGGGAGUGAAUUUGGAUAAAGGAGCUUCUUGUUGGGUUGCUGCACGAUUACUGAAAAUGGUGGGCGUUUAA